GGUUUAAAGGCCCAGGCCAAAAGCCCCCUGACACUGCCGAGCAACAGUGAAUUUGGCCACCAUACCAUACCAUGAGCAUAAGGGCGCGCGCGCGCAAAGGAUUAGGGUUUCGAACGUAGCGAUUUUGGAGCUUCCAUUUCGAUUUAUACUUGCGCACGAUCUGUUAAGCAACAAUUUAAACUGGCCUCUAUUUUCUGGGCAACUCUCUGGCAUCUUAGUUAAUUCAUUUCUCAAUAGAUGUUUUUGUCUUUGAUUGGCCUGUUUGAGCAUUGUUAUCCUCUUGAUUUUUUGUUUCGAGUUCUCUCUUGCCUGUCUCUGUUACUUUUGUUGUUAUGAUAUGAUGAUCCCUGGAUUAAAAAUCAACCAUAUUGCUACUCCUUGAUCCAUACCUCAUGACACAGAUUCAAUCAAAAUUCUUACUCUGCUAUUCCAUUUGGCCUCUCAUAUUGUUUUCCCCCCUUACCAUAUUUUCUAUCUCUCUUCUAUGAAUGCUUCUGGCAUCUGUGCUUCCUUCACAGUUCCCCUGCAAGUUUGCUUUUCUAGAUGCAAAAAAUGCCAGGGACAAAGCAGAGAGAUACAUCCCAAAAUCCAGACUCACCAGAGGGGAACAGUGAGCCUGAGAAACCUACAGAUUCUGAUGAGCGAGUAGACUUUGAUGGGGACAAUGAUCAAGAGGAGACAAUGGAGGAAGAAGUUGAGUAUGAAGAAGUAGAGGAGGAAGAAGAGGAAGAGGAAGAAGAGGAGGAGGAGGAGGAGGAAGAAGAAGAAGAAGAAGAGACUAAGCUCUCAGAUAAGACAAGAGUGGCAGACACUAAGGAUGAAGUUGAGAAAAAGAAGCAUGCUGAGCUUCUUGCACUUCCACCUCAUGGGUCUGAGGUUUACAUUGGGGGCAUUCCUCAAAAUGUUUCUGAAGAAGAUUUGAGGGUCUUCUGUCAAUCUGUGGGAGAAGUUUCAGAGGUUAGGAUAAUGAAGGGAAAAGAAUCCGGUGAAGCAAAAGGUUAUGCUUUUGUGACCUUCAUGACAAAGGAAUUGGCAUCUAAGGCUAUUGAGGAGCUGAACAACUCUGAAUUUAAGGGAAAAAGAAUAAAGUGCUCCACAUCUCAAGUUAAGCACAAGUUGUUCAUUGGUAAUGUUCCUAAAUAUUGGACUGAAGGAGAUAUGAAAAAAGUUGUUGCUGAAAUUGGCCCUGGAGUAAUUUGUGUGGAACUGUUGAAGGACCCACAGAAUUCUAGCCGUAACCGGGGAUAUGCUUUUAUUGAGUAUUACAAUCAUGCUUGUGCAGAGUAUUCAAGGCAGAAGAUGUCAAACUCAAACUUUAAACUUGGCAGCAAUGCUCCAACGGUGAGCUGGGCUGAUCCAAGGAAUUCUGAAUCAUCUGCAAUCUCUCUGGUAAAAUCAGUGUAUGUAAAGAACCUUCCAGAAAACAUUACUCAGGAUCGUCUCAAGGAGCUGUUUGAACAUCAUGGAAAGAUCACAAAAGUGGUUCUCCCUUCUGCUAAAUCGGGUCAAGAAAAGAGCAGAUUUGGUUUUGUUCACUUUGCUGAAAGGUCAAGUGCCAUGAAGGCUUUGAAGAACACAGAGAAAUAUGAAAUUGAUGGACAAUUGCUGGAGUGUUCGCUAGCAAAGCCACAAGCAAAUUCACAAAAACCAGCUUUACUUCCCACUUAUCCACCUCAUCUUGGUUAUGGUAUGGUUGGUGGUGCUAUAGGUGCAGGAUAUGGUGCUGCUGGCUUUGCACAACCACUGAUGUAUGGUCCCGGACCAACCCCUGGUGGCAUGGCAAUGAUGCCAAUGAUGUUAUCAGAUGGAAGGAUUGCAUACAUAGUGCAACAGCCAGGGUUUCAACAGCCUGCCCCAGUAUCCCGACAUGGGAGGAGUGGUGGCAGUAGCUCCAGUGGUGGGAAAUGCAGUAAUGAUGAUAAUCGCAAUCGUGGGCAUGGCCGCUAUCAUCCCUACUAACUUAAUGGGCUUUAAGGAGCUAGCAAAACAAGGAAUUGCACCUGAGGCCUAAAAGUGUUGACGAUUCAAGGCACAGCGCCCAACUGAUUAAGACAAACAGGGCGCUGCUGUGAAUGCAGUUAUGAUUUUGUAAUACAUCUACCUAGGGCCAAGAUUCAGUUAAGCAUCUAAGUCAGGUUUUCGUAUAAUUUUACUUAUCUUGUCCAUCAAUUUUUUGAUCUCAAAUUCUUAAAGAGACCACAGUGAUCUAUCUGAAGGACAUGAUAAAUCUUACUAGAUUGAUGAAAAAUUAUGUAGAGGUGUUUCAGAUGUUUAGCUUGCGGUUCAUGUAUUCAUGUUUCUAACCGUCGUUCUAGAAGAAUUGGAACGAUGUUUGAAUGAGUAUUGGUGCCAGUGCAAAACAAA